AUGGCUGAAAUUCUUCUUACAUCAGUAAUCAAUAAAUCUGUAGAAAUAGCUGGAAAUUUACUGAUUCAAGAAGGAAAGCGUUUAUAUUGGUUGAAAGAGGAUAUCGAUUGGCUCCAGAGAGAAAUGAGACACAUUCGAUCUUAUGUUGACAACGCAAAGGCCAAGGAAGCUGGAGGUGAUUCAAGGGUCAAAAACUUAUUGAAAGAUAUUCAAGAAUUGGCAGGUGAUGUGGAGGAUCUCUUAGAUGACUUCCUUCCAAAAAUUCAACGAUCCAAUAAGUUCAAUUAUUGCCUUAAGACGAGUUCUUUUGCGGAUGAGUUUGCUAUGGAGAUUGAGAAGAUAAAGAGAAGGGUUGUUGACAUUGACCGAAUAAGGAAAACUUACAACAUCAUAGAUACAGAUAACAAUAAUGAUGAUUGUGUUUUGCUGGAUCGGAGAAGAUUAUUCCUACAUGCUGAUGAAACAGAGAUCAUCGGUUUGGAUGAUGACUUCAAUAUGCUACAAGCCAAAUUACUCAAUCAAGAUUUGCAUUAUGGAGUUGUUUCCAUAGUUGGCAUGCCCGGUCUGGGGAAAACAACUCUUGCCAAGAAACUUUAUAGGCUCAUUCGUGAUCAAUUUGAGUGUUCUGGACUGGUCUACGUUUCACAACAGCCAAGAGCGGGUGAAAUCUUACUUGACAUUGCCAAACAAAUUGGACUGACGGAACAGAAAAUUAAGGAAAAUUUGGAGGACAACCUGCGAUCACUCUUGAAAAUAAAAAGGUAUGUUAUCCUCCUAGAUGACAUUUGGGAUGUUGAAAUUUGGGAUGAUCUGAAACUUGUCCUUCCUGAAUGUGACUCAAAAGUCGGCAGUAGAAUGAUAAUCACGUCUCGAAAUAGUAAUGUAGGCAGAUACAUAGGAGGGGAAUCCUCCCUCCAUGCAUUGCAACCCCUAGAAUCCGAGAAAAGCUUUGAACUCUUUACCAAGAAAAUCUUUAAUUUUGAUGAUAAUAAUAGUUGGGCCAAUGCUUCACCUGACUUGGUGAAUAUUGGUAGAAAUAUAGCUGGGAGAUGUGGAGGUAUACCGCUAGCCAUAGUGGUGACUGCAGGCAUGUUAAGGGCAAGAGAAAGAACAGAACAUGCGUGGAACAGAGUACUUGAGAGUAUGGGCCAUAAAGUUCAAGAUGGAUGUGCUAAGGUAUUGGCUCUCAGUUACAAUGAUUUACCGAUUGCCUCAAGGCCAUGUUUCUUGUACUUUAGCCUUUACCCCGAGGACCAUGAAAUUCGUGCUUUUGAUUUGAUAAAUAUGUGGAUUGCUGAGAAGUUUAUUGUAGUAAAUAGUGGUAAUAGGCGAGAGGCUGAGGAUUUGGCGGAGGACGUCCUAAAUGAUUUGGUUUCUAGAAACUUGAUUCAACUUGCCAAAAGGACAUAUAAUGGAAGAAUUUCAAGUUGUCGCAUACAUGACUUGUUACAUAGUUUGUGUGUGGACUUGGCUAAGGAAAGUAACUUCUUUCACACCGCGCAUGAUGUAUUUGGUGAUCCCGGCAAUGUCGCUAGGCUUCGAAGGAUUACAUUCUACUCUGACAAUGUCAUGAUUGAGUUCUUCGGUUCUAAUCCUAAGCUUGAGAAGCUUCGUGUACUUUUCUGUUUCACAAAAGACCCUUCCAUAUUUUCUCAUAUGGCUUGUUUUGACUUCAAAUUGUUGCACACAUUGGUUGUAGUCAUGUCUCAAAGUUUUCAAGCAUAUGUCACUAUCCCAAGCAAAUUUGGGAACAUGACUUGCUUACGCUAUCUGAAAUUGGAGGGGAAUAUUUGUGGAAAACUGCCAAAUAGUAUUGUCAAGCUCACACGUCUAGAGACCAUAGACAUUGAUCGACGUAGCCUCAUUCAACUUCCUUCUGGUGUUUGGGAGUCUAAACAUUUGAGACAUCUUUGUUAUAGAGAUUAUGGACAAGCAUGUAACAGUUGCUUUUCUAUAAGCUCAUUUUACCCAAACAUUUACUCAUUGCAUCCUAACAAUCUACAAACCUUGAUGUGGAUACCUGAUAAAUUUUUUGAACCGAGGUUGUUGCACCGAUUGAUCAAUUUAAGAAAACUGGGUAUACUGGGAGUGUCCAAUUCAACCGUUAAGAUAUUAUCAACAUGUCGCCCUGUGCCAAAGGCGCUAAAGGUUCUGAAGCUCAGGUUUUUCAGUGAUCCGAGUGAGCAAAUAAACUUGUCAUCCUAUCCAAAAAUUGUUAAGUUGCAUUUGAAUGUUGACAGAACAAUAGCCUUGAACUCUGAAGCAUUCCCUCCAAAUAUUAUCAAGCUUACUCUUGUCUGCUUUAUGGUAGACAGUUGUCUACUGGCAGUGCUUAAGACAUUACCCAAAUUAAGAAAACUUAAAAUGGUCAUCUGCAAGUAUAAUGAAGAAAAGAUGGCUCUCUCGGGCGAGGCAAAUGGUUAUAGCUUUCCGCAACUUGAAGUUUUGCAUAUUCAUAGCCCGAAUGGGUUGUCUGAAGUAACAUGCACGGAUGAUGUCAGUAUGCCCAAAUUGAAAAAGCUGUUACUUACAGGAUUCCAUUGCGGAAUCAGUUUAUCGGAACGGCUUAAAAAGCUGAGUAAAUGA